UUUAAUACAGAGAAGUUUAUUUCUUUGCCUGAGAGUGCUCCAUUGGUAAUGGUGGAGGUAGGCAUUGGAUCUAGAUACUUCAUUCCAGAACUUUUGUCCUUAGAGGAUAUUGUUCUGUAUAUUAAAAGAAAUGGAAAGAUUAGCAUGCUCUUAUCACCUCAUGUCCAGACAUUGUUUUCCUUCUAGUUUAUUAUGAAUGCAAUUUAAAAGUAUUACAGGAAUAAAGAGUUGGAAGAAAUAGUUCCUUGUUUUAUCAAUAUAAGAGUGUACUGCCUAUACUACCCCCUAGAACUUGCUUAAAUAAUUUUUAUGUUAUUUAUAUAUUAUAUAUGUAUAUAAUUUAUAUAUGUCUAUCUUAAGUCUCUCUUGAUCUGAUUUAAUUCUUUUUUAUCUAGGUCACUUGAUAUUCUUGGUUUGAUGGAAAAAGAACAAGAUUCUAAUGUGACAGAAUUUGUUCUUCUGGGCCUAUCCUCUUCUCGGGAGCUGCAGCUAUUUCUUUUCUUACUAUUUUUGUUUUUUUACAUUGCUAUUCUACUGGGAAACCUCUUGAUAGUGGUAACAGUGCAAGCCAAUUCUCACCUGCUCCAGUCUCCUAUGUAUUAUUUUUUAUGUCAUCUCUCUUUCAUUGACUUAAGCCUGAGCUGGGUUACUGUGCCAAAGAUGUUAGGGGAUUUCCUACAGCAGAGCAAGACCAUCUCUUUUUCAGGAUGCCUGGCCCAGAUCUACUUCCUCCACUUUCUAGGAGGCAGUGAGAUGUUUCUGCUGACAGUUAUGGCCUAUGACAGGUAUGUUGCCAUCUGUAACCCUUUGCACUACGUUAGAGUCAUGAACUCCCAGCUGUGCCUUCGGUUGGUUCUUGUCUGCUGGUGUGGGGGCUUUAUCCACUCUAUCAUGCAGGUCAUACUAGUCAUCCAGCUGCCUUUCUGUGGCCCCAAUGAACUGGACAACUUCUACUGUGAUGUCCCACAGGUCAUCAAGCUGGCCUGCAUGGACACCUAUGUGGUAGAGGUGCUGAUGACAGCCAACAGUGGUCUGCUGUCUCUCGUCUGCUUCUUGGUCUUACUAUUCUCUUAUGCUAUCAUCCUGAUCACCCUGAGAACACACUUUUGCCAGGGCCAGAACAAGGUCCUGUCUACCUGUGCCUCCCACCUGACAGUGGUCAGCCUGAUCUUUGUGCCAUGUGUAUUCAUCUAUUUGAGACCUUUCUGCAGCUUCGCUGUGGAUAAGAUAUUCUCCGUAUUUUACACAGUGAUCACACCUAUGUUGAACCCCCUCAUCUACACACUUAGAAAUGCUGAUAUGAAGAUAGCUAUGAAGAAGCUGAGAAUAAAACCAUGUGGCAUUUUGUUGCCUUGUUAAAGAAUGAGCAGAAAAGGUGAUUUGAAAAGCAUACUCUUUCUUGGAACACUCUUAACUCAUCUUAUACAUGUUUAAAAACCACACUGGCGACUUUGGUAUAAAAGAGAAGACAGCAUAAAGAUUACAAUGGAUCACUCUUGAUUAUGGUUUAAAAGCAUAGGUGGCACUCUAGAAAGCCACUUAUGUCUUUUGACUAUGAGGAGAACUCAGGAACUCAGGAGAAUUUACUGUCCACAAAUGAUAACAAGGGAGUGCUAGGGUUAGAAGACACCUUGAAAGAUCAGCUUUAUGUCUUUAAGUACCCUUUAUUUCUUCAAUUUGUUUCACUUUUUAAUUCUAUUAAAAUGAAAGAAAAAAUUAUAUCUCUUUUUGUGUUCCAUUCCACCAGGGUUUAAUGAUUCCUAGUGUUAGGAUGUUCCUUCUGGUGUCUCAUCAGAUCCUCUUCUGAAGUAGUAUGAAUUUAUUUGUUCUGUUACAAACCAAGCUGGGAAACAGUAACAACCACCCUGUGUACUAGUAUUUACCUAGGAACUGUGUUCCAUAAUGUCCCAAAUCUUAGAAAUGUAGUCAAGCAUCACUAUAAUAAACAUAUGCUCUUAACAAAGUUUAUUGUGAGAGAAAGAAAGUCCUCAAGCCUGUAACCCUAGCACUUUGGGAGGCUGAGGCAGGUGGAUCACGAGGUCCAGAGAUCGAGACCAUCCUGGUCAACAUGGUGAAACCCUGUCUCUACUAAAAAUACAAAAAAUUAGCUGGGCACGGUGGUGCGUGCCUGUAAUCCCAGCUACUCGGGAGGCUGAGGCAGGAGAAUUGCUUGAACCCGGGAGGCAGAGGUUGCGGUGAGCCGAGAUCGUGCCAUUGCACUCCAGCCUAGGUAACAAGAGUGAAACUCCAUCUCAAAAAAAA